AUGGCGACGUUGAAGGUUCCUCCUCAACCUCCUUCUCCAUCUGAAGACUCUGAGCAAUUGCGAAAAGCUUUUCAAGGGUGGGGAACGAAUGAAGCAUUGAUAAUAUCAAUCCUGGCUCAUAGAAAUGCAGUUCAGCGUAAGUUGAUUCGUGAAGCUUAUUAUUUAGCUUAUGGAGAAGAUCUUCUUAAAGACUUAGACAAAGAACUUUCAAGUGACUUUGAGAGGGCCGUGCUGUUGUGGGUUCUGGAUCCUGCUGAGCGUGAUGCCUUUUUAGCUAAUGAAGCCACUAAGAAGUUAACUUCGGACGAUUGGGUCAUUAUAGAAAUUACUUCCACUAGAUCUUCACUUGAUCUGCUCAAAGCUAAGCAAGCAUAUCAAUCCCGCUUCAAAAAGUCCCUUGAAGAGGACGUUGCCCAUCAUACUUCUGGGGACAUCCGCAAGCUAUUGGUUCCUCUUGUGAGCACAUACCGUUAUGAGGGGGAUGAGGUGAAUAUGACAUUAGCAAAAUCUGAGGCUAAAAUGCUUCAUGAGAAGAUUUCAAAGAAGGCCUACAAUGACGAGGACCUGGUCAGGAUUUUGACAACAAGGAGUAGAGCGCAGAUAACAGCAACUCUAAAUCAGUACAAGAAUGAGUUCGGGAAUGCCAUAAACAAGGAUCUGAAAACUGAUCCAAAAGAUAAAUAUUUGAAAUUAUUGAGGGCUACCAUCAAGUGUUUGACAUAUCCAGAGAAAUAUUUUUCUAAAGUCUUGAGGCUUGCUAUAAACAGACUGGGAACUGAUGAAUGGGCCCUUACUAGAGUAGUGACAACCAGAGCCGAGGUUGAUUUGCAACGAAUUGGUGAGGAAUACCAAAGAAGAAAUAGCGUUCCUCUGGACCGUGCAAUAGCCGGGGACACUUCUGGAGACUAUAAGGGCUUUCUCCUUCACCUUGCUGGACACGAUAAUUAA